GGGGUAACAAAGUGUGCAACAUUGUAAGAUUUAUAAAAUUAUCAAAAGAUUGAUCAAAAGGAAUGCUUAAUUUUGUGAUAUAGCUGUAAUAUAAAUCGUGAUUAUCCAUAAGAUAAAAUUGUAUUAUUACGGAACGUAUAAAGUUAUUAAUGCAAUUGUUAGAUCUUUGUGUUACUGGUAUUAACUACAGAUUUUGCUACAGUUACAACUUGGAUAAAAUGGAUUAUCGUCAAAAGAUGAUUAUACCUCCUCAGCAAAAUACAAAGAAUGAUGAUGAGGAUGACGAAGAUUUGGAAGCUUUAAGACUUGCUGCCCUUCAAUCAUUAAGAACAAAAGAUAGUAUACAUAAUAAAAAGCAGCCCCCACCACAAAAAACUAUUUCAGAUGUAAUGCAAACAUCUCACUUGUCAUAUAAAGGUCAGCGACCUUUAAGAAGAGGAUAUUUUCAUAAUCGGUUACAGCAGCGACAGAAUGGCAAUUUGUAUUAUCAGAGUCCACGUAAUCCAAAUUUAAUAGCAAUAGUUCCUGUUGAUGAACGUUCUGUGCUGCAACAAACUGAUUUAGCUUGUUCAAUAGAAAAAACUGCUCCAAAUAUUGAACCUUAUUCUACAGAAGUAUCAAAAUUUCAUCGUUUCAAAGAUAAUGGAAGUGGUACGGAUGAAGAAGAUAAUAAAGAACAGAAAAAAACAAUUAAGAAGUCAGAAACUAUUGAGAAAGAUAGCGUAGAUGAUAAAACAUCUAUAAUAAUUGAAAAUCAGACAGAGACUACAGAAAAUUCAAAAAAAAUUGAGGAAGAUCAAGAUGGUGUUAAUGACGAUGAUGAUGAUAUCAUUAUAAUGGCUGAUCUUGAAGAAGAAGAUAGUUUAGAACGGUUAAUGGAUGAAAUGGAGAGAGAAAUGAAUGUUGAUAAGCCGUCUGAAAGAAAAGAAAAGAAAAGUAACAAAAAGGAAAACAGAGAAUCUAUUAAAAAAGAUGAGAUAACUAGAAAUGUAAGUCAGAAAACGAGAAUAGAAGAUACCAAUAUUCAAAAAGAAAGUCAUAGCCCAGGACCAGUAACAAUGAUUCUAAAAAGUGAAAGACGAUCUAUAUCUCCACAUACAAUUAGUAGAAUUUCACAAAAACGUAGGUCGUUGUCACCAAGGUCACGAUCAAGAAAAAAAUCACCUAGAAGAUCUCCUAGAAGAUCACCCAUUAGGCAGUCAAAAAAAUCUCAGCGAGAAAUAAUGAGGUAUAGAUCGCCCCGAAAGUCUCCGAUACGUUAUUCUCCACGAUCACGAUCACCUAAGCUUUCAUCACGAUCGAGAUCACCGCGAUUAUCACCACGUAGAUCUCCAAACAAGUCUCCUAUAAGAUCACCUGUUAAGAGACUAUCUCCAAGAGGAAGAUCUCCGAAACUUUCGCCGCAUUCCAGAUCUCCUAGACCAAUACGUUCACCUAAAACAUCUACAACCAAGUCUCCAAGAAUGGCACGGUCACGUUCUCCAAAAUUUUCGCCGUUAAGAUUAUCUCCUCAAUCUAGAUCGCCAUUAAGAUCUAGAUCACCUAAUUUAUCUCCAAGACGAACAUCACCCUCACGUAGAUUAUCACCUAAAUCAAAAUCUCCUGGAUUAUCUCCUCGAAGAGGACCGUCACGUUUAAUAUCACCAAAAAUAUCACCACGAAGAAUGUCACCACGAUCGAGAUCACCGAGAUUGUCACCACGUAGAUCACCAUGGUCAUCUCCAAGAAAUUCACCUCGUCUAUCUCCUAGACGAAAAAGAUCUCCAAGAUGGUCGCCUAAAGAAUUCUCACGAAAACAUGGACCACGAUCUAUUACUCCAGAUGGAACAUGUAGUCCAUCAUAUACAAAAGAAUCAUUGUCAAUAAUUAAAAGUAGGACAUCUCCAGAAAUAAAUCGUAUAAAAACAAAACAGAAAGAAGAAAAUUUAGAUAAUGCUACUAUGAUAGAAAAAGAACCUAUUGAUAUAAUUAAUGACCCUGUAUUAGAAGCCCGACGAAAGAAGUUUGAAUCUACAAGGCCUAUAGAUCCAAUAAAUGCAAAUAAAAAAAUUAAAUUAAAUAAAAAAGAAAAUACAAAUAAAAAGAUAGAAUCGGUAGAAGAUGUUGAGAUAGGAAAUGUGAGAAAAAUUAAUAAAGUUACAGAGGAUUAUGAUAUUCAGGAAGCAGAUUUAUGUUUAGAUACUCAUUAUGAGUUUGAAGAGUUUGAACAAAGCAUGGAAAGUGCUUCUCCCAUUGCUAUUACAGGUUCUGUCCCAUGUCUAGAUUUAGAACUUCAAAAUCCCGAAAAAGAAAGAUCAUCAAAAAAGAAAAAAAAACGUGACAAGGAAUUGUACCAAGUGGGAAAAUUAAAAAAUGAACUUCCUCUUUCUGAACGUAUUGGAAAAGAUAAGAAAUGUAAGAAACGCAAAGAUGUUAUUUCAGAUGGUUCAAGUGAGGAUAUGGAUGCCAUUUUUGAAGAUCUAGUAGUUGAUAAAGAAAGUGAUUUACGAACUGAGUUAAGUAGGAGACGGGCAGAAAGAUUAAAUAGAACAGUACCAAUUCAGUCUGCAAGAUUAAUGAAAGUACUGUAGAUUCGAAGGUGCCUGUGCGUUUUAGACUGGGCCUCAAUAAACAAGUGCAAGAUACCAGGGAGUCAAAAAUUUCACGAAAGGCAUCUAAAAGACAGGGUCGCAAGGAAUAGAGUAAACGUGUGUUCUCACCUGAUUGCAUAUUUAUAUGAAGAGUGCAUAGCUGUUCAUCUUACCUCCUAUUUUAUUAUCAGCAUACGAAGAUAAGAUCUAUUAAAAAUUUAAGUAUAUAAAAAUUGCACUCAUGUAGAACAAAUAUCUGUUUUAUUUGACUUAUGACAUAAUAUAAAAAUGAAAAGAUAACAUUCUUCUAGAAGACAAUAUCAAUAUUUCAAAAUACUUUAUGUAUAAUUAUAUCUCAUUAUUUAUUGUUAAGCGUUAUAGUAGAUAGUUGAUUACAUGUGAUUAUAAAUCAUUUGUUGUGUUAAAGUAUUUGUAAAUAAUUUACAUCAAUCACUCAUUUAAUAAAUAAGCAUCAUUAAUAAUCCCAAAGUCACCUUUUGUAAACCUGAGUAUAUUAGUAUUCUAAUAAUUCUGUAUAAAAGAAUCAAUCAAUUGUAAAUAAGAAUAUUGUUAAUAAGCGUGUGUAAAGUGAGAAAUAAGUUGUAUAUCAUGUACAUUGAAUUAAUAUUAUUAAGGUAUUGAAUAUACUAUAUAAAGUGACCUAUAGUAACAGAAGAGUGAUUUUAUUAAAAUAUAUUUUUUACACUACAUUGUUCGAAAGUAACAAACACGAAUUUUUUAAGAUAAUUAAGAAAUGCAGUAAAUUGGCUUUUCUUGAUUUAUUAUUUUAUACUUACAUUAUAAAUACAUAGUAUAAAUGAUUAUUGUAUUUAGACAAAUAUAAAAGAGUGUAUCUUUUUCUGCACAUAUAUUUAGAGUUAAUGUAU